GGGGCCGUUACGGUGGGGCCGUUACCGGAGGGCUCGCAGUAUGGGGCUGCUCCUGGCGCUGCUCCUGGCGAUGCUGGCCGCGCUGCAUUCACAAGUGCCUCUGCACAUCACAGUUCCCCAGAGGGUGAUCUCAAACACAACUGGAGAGACGGACACGCUGUCCUACGUCCUCGCAGUGGAAGGGCGGCUGUACACCAUUCACCUCAAGCAGCAAUUCUUCUUACCUGCCGAUUUCAGCAUUUACACAUACAAUGAGACGGGAUCAUUGCGCUCUGAUUCACCAUAUAUCAAGGGCAACUGCUACUACCGUGGCUACAUCGAGGGCGUUCCUGGCUCAGCAGUGACCCUCAGCACCUGCAUGGGGCUCAGGGGCCUUCUGCAGUUCCACAAUGCCAGCUAUGGGAUUGAGCCGCUGGGCUCCUCGCCCUCCUUCCAGCACGUGGUUUAUCCUGUGGGCAGUGGGGCUGCAGAUGGGGCUCUGCUCCCACACGGCCACCCCAGGGGCAGGACGGAUGCGCUGGCGGCUGACAGCAGCUCGGACACAGCACAGCCAGCUCUGAAACUACUGUCAAAGCACCGCAGGCAGGUGUUGCUCCACGUCAUUCUGGAAAGGAGUUUGUACAGGCACCUGGGGGAUGACCAACACAUCGUGUCACGGAGGGUGGUUCAGCUCAUCAGCUUCCUCGACAGCAUAUUCAGCCCCCUGAACGUGACCGUGACGCUGUCCUCCAUGGAGGUCUGGAGGUCCAGGAACAAAUUUCAGACCGCGGGCAUUGGAGAAGUGGUGCUGCUGCGCUUGUUGGAUUGGAAGAGGAGAAGCACUGUCCUGCAGCCCUACGAAGUGCCCUACCUGCUGAUGUAUCGGGACCAGGCUGACUUCGUGGGCGCGACCUCUCCGGGCACGCUGUGCCGCAGUGAUGCAACCGGCGCUGUGGCUGUGCUGCAGCGCGCCGUGACGCUGGAGUCGUUCUCCGUCCUCCUGGCGCAGCUGCUGGGGCGCAGUCUGGGCAUGGGAUUCGAUGACGGCCGGGGCUGCCGCUGCCCCACACACACCUGUGUCAUGGAGUCGGCAGCGCUGCACAUCGGUGGGGCGAAGACCUUCAGCAGCUGCAGUGCUGCAGACCUGGAGCAGUUCCUAUGGCAAAACCCAGGGUGUCCCUUCCUCAGAGCCCUGCGGGUGUACCCCGACCCCAGGGCCGCCAUCUGCGGUAACGGUGUGGUGGAGCACGCCGAGCAGUGCGACUGCGGCAGUGAUGUGUUUGUAGUGUGCUUGCAGAUGUGUGCCAAGGAUGCGUGCUGCACUACGCAGUGCAAGCUGAAGCCCGGCUCGAAGUGUUCCUUGGGACUGUGCUGUGAAAGAUGUCAGUUCAAAGCUCCCAACACUCCGUGCCGUCCCCCCACCGACGCGCAGUGCGAUCUGCCCGAGUUCUGCAACGGCUCCUCGGCCUCCUGCCCCCCCGACGUCUACGUGCAGGAUGGGCACAGCUGUGAGCACGGCACCGGCUACUGCUACCAGGGGCACUGCCGGUCUGCUGAGCUGCAGUGCCAGCAGCUCUACGGGAAAGGUGCAAAAAAUGCCCCUUUGGCAUGUUAUGAAGAGAUCAACAGUCAUCAGGACAGGUUUGGGAACUGCGGUAAUCAGCUGCUGGAUGGGUACCAGCCCUGCUCCUGGCUGAAUCUGGGCUGUGGAAAACUCAUCUGCACAUACCCAAAACGAGUUCCCUUCACCAAAUUAAAGGGUACCAUCAUCUAUGCUCAAGUGCAAGAACAUCUGUGCGUGUCUUUUGAUGUAAUGCAUGCACCCUCCGGGACAGAUCCUCUCCUGGUUAAGGAUGGCACGAAAUGCGGUCCCGGAAAGGUUUGUAUGAAUGGCACGUGCCACCCACACUCCAUUCUGAACUAUGACUGCGAUGUGCAGAAAAAAUGCCACGGCCAUGGGGUGUGCAAUAACAAGAAGAACUGCCACUGCCACCCAGGCUGGAACCCACCCCACUGCAGGAUGCAGGGAUCUGCGGUGGGCGGCAGCACUGACAGCGGGCAGUGGCUGCGGGACAUGGACAGCCAUGCCCCAAAGGGCUCUAUGAAGGGUUCAGUGAAAAACGUGCUGCUGCUGAGCUUCUGCCUCCUCAUCCCCAUCCUCAUCUGCAUCAUCAUCCUGAUCAUGAAGUGGAACCGGCUGGUGCGGCGCUGUGUUGCAAGGGAGAUGGAAGCUGCUGACUCCACCGACGAGGAGACCAGCAGCAUCGGGAGCCACGAGAGCAGCGGGAGCAGCCAGAGCAGCCGUGCGGGGACGGGGAUGGAGCCGGAACCGAAGCCGGAGCCGGAGCGGGGCUCGGGGCCGUCACGCGAGCAAUAAAGACGUUGAAGCAA